AUGAACGAGCCGUCACCUGAAGGUGAUGAGAGUGAUGACUACGCAGAUUUUACAGUCAAUUCGAUAAAUAACCUUAACGCAGGAAACAACGAUGAAACUGCCGGCACAGAUAAGGACAGCACGCCUUUCUCAAGGUAUCUUAACAGAGCAAAAUCAACUUCUUCCUUCAUCAUCCACCCUCAGAGGAAAAGCUCGAUUAUAGUAGCAGCCACUGGAGAAAAGAUACAAAGAGCGUAUUCCACAUGGGGGCAGCUGUCCACGUCUGCAUCCUCCGUAAAGCCCGUAACGGAUGCCACACUUCUGAUUAGUCCAGAAGAGGAGUCGGUAAGACACGAACGGUUCUCUACUCUCUCCUCUGUGUCCAGAAGAUAUAGCAGCUUUACGAAAUACAUGCGAAAGCUAGCGACAAAGCCAAUUCUGAAAGCAGCAAUUGCUUACUUUCUGGCAUCUUUAACAGUAUAUUCACCCACAAUUUCAAACUUAUUGGGCUCAUCUGAUUCGAAGCACAUGGUGUGUACCGUUGUCGUGUAUUUCCAUGCAUCAAGAAGUGUUGGCUCAAUGAUACAGGCCUUAAUGUUUGUUUCGUUCUCCCUCUUGUUUGGCAUAGGUGUCAGCGUGACAACGCUAUCUUCAAUUUCUCUAUAUCUUGAUGAUACAAGCUCUUCGAUGGCACAUUUGCGAGAAAUUAACAUGCAAUCACCACUAAUAAUAUCCCUGACUUUGACUGUUUGCUCGAUUUCGUUAGGUUUGAUUUCGUUUUGUAAGCACAGAGUGAGAAAGCAAACUUUCAAUACCGCUUGUUCCUUGGCCGCAAUUUUGAUGAUUUCUUGUUUGAUCAAGGAAUACUCUAACAUAUUGGACUCGGACCCAACAAAUAUCGUUAUUCCAUGGAGCAAAAUCAUUAGUUCGAUUAGUUGUGUUAUCUGUGGCUGCUGCAUUUCCGUGUUUGUUUGUUUUACCAUUUGGAAAAAUUGGGCAGAAACGGAGUUAAUUGCAGCAAAUAAUUCGGUGAAAACUUCAAUUGGAGACACACUGGUGCUGUUGUGCGACGUAUUCACCUCAAGUGAUUGCACAAGCUCAGACAUCGAAUCCGACAGGGAAAAAAUUUCUAAGAGCUUUACAGAUUUGAAGGGGAAAAGAGGAAAGUUAGACUCAUCUUUGGAAGAGACUAUGUAUGAAUGCCUUAUUUAUGGUAGAGAAAAAGAAUUUACAUUGUACAAGGAUCUGGUCGAAUCUGAAAAAAAGCUCAUUGCUUAUUUGGGAGGUUUGAGAAGGGCAGUGGAAUUCAAAUGGGAAAUGAUCGAAUAUUACGAGACAAUGAGGGGCGGGCCUAUAGAUGAUCCGUUCAAGUCAGAUGCCUCAAUGGGAAAUCUCGAUGUGUUAAACGAGAAUGAUGAGGAUACUGAAAAUUCAAUAGACCCCCUGUCAGCUGAUACAGAUCUUGUUAAGAACCCAGAAGAGUUGAUUGAACUAUUUUUGUACCAUCUUGCACCUAGUACAAAAUCCUUCGUUUUCACUAUGAACCAAAUUUUAAGAGGCAGUUUGUACGAUAGCAAAAUUAAUGUUGAUCCAUUAGUGAAACAAUAUUCCAAAAGUUUAGCAUUGGCUCAUGAGCUGUUUGAAACCCACCAGAAGAGAGCCAUAGAUAGCGUUUAUAAACAGGACAUUUUCACAAAAAAUGAUGGUUUGGACGAGAAAGUCAACCAAGAGGAAGUUGCCGCUACAUGUGCUAAUUUUUCGUUCUCUAUUACAGAAUUUUCUUUGGAACUUGCAAAGCUUUUGAACAUUAUGACUUCAUUGCUAGACUCCAGCGAUGACAUAGAGAGAUCUUACAACUUUUUGAAGUUUUGGCACAGAGGUAAGAAAUCUUUGAUUGAUACUGAACGUAACCAAUUGGUUAAUGCUGAUUUAGACCAGCUGGAAAAUGAAACCGUUGGCUAUAAAUUUUGGAAGAUUACCAAAUUCACUAGAGGAGUUGAUUUUCAGUUUGGGUUUCGAGUCGGGUUGGGUGCACUUAUCCUAGGCUCAUUAGCAUUUUGGAAUGCCACUAGACAUAUUUUCAAAGAAUGGAGAGGAGAAUGGAUUUUAGUCACCUACUGUAUCAUAAUGAACAAAUCGUUAGGUGGCACAACUAUGACCUUAAAAUGGAGAUUUUUAGGAACAUUUGUUGGUGCAGUAACAGCUUUUACUGUUUGGAGUCUUUUUUAUCCCAAUGUCAUACUAAUGGCAAUUUUGGGGUUUUUUGUUUCACUCCCUUGUUUUGAUAUCAUUUUGAAUUGGAAAGCAAAUAAUGCAUUUGGAAGGUUCAUUCUUUUAACCUAUAACUUGACUGUUUUGUACUCAUACACAAUGUCAUUGAAUGAUAUAUCCGACGGAGAUGAUUGGGAAGGAGGUGGAAACCCGAUCAUUUGGGAAAUUGCCUUCCAUAGAUACAUAGGUGUCAGUCUUGGUGUGGUUUGGGCUAUAGUAAUCACACUAACGUUGUUUCCUGUUACUGCUCGUAGUCGGAUCAAGAGAGGACUAUCUAUUUUAUGGCUUCGUAUGGGAAUUAUUUGGAAAAGAGGGGCUUUAUACAAGCGGAGAGAUGAGUAUGGCCAGGAUACUCUAGAUGGAUUGAGAGGGUUGAAAGACUGUCAUUCAAUAAUGAAUGAGUUAAGAAUUUUGUUGAAGCAAGCACCCAUGGAGAUCAGAUUGAAAGGGCCGUUUCCUAUUGAAAUUUACACGAGACUCAUGGAUGGAACUGAAGGAAUACUUGACGCAUACGAGAAUAUCAACUCAAUUGUCGAUAUCGAUCCUGUAUUAAAUCCCGUUGAGUCAUUAGUUCUUGAAAACGUUCGUGAAGAAAUGAGUGAAUUACAAAAUCGUGUUUUCUUAAUUUUUUACAUGCUUGCUUCAGCACUGAAAUUAGGAAUACCUCUUGCAAGUGACCCUGCCACAACCGAGCAUACCAUGGUCAAAUUGUUGAGUAAACUAGGAGAUGUUCGCCGGACAGUAGAGGCAAGAAGAGAGAUUGGUAAAUAUACAGGACUCAAAAAUACCGAUUUUGUUCUACUUUAUUCCUACUGUUUGGUCACUAACUCUGUUGUGAAUGAACUAACAAAAUUAAUGAAUGAAGUUGUGAAUUUAUAUGGUAAGUUAGACUCGGAAACGUUGGAGCUAACUUGA